AAUAUUCCACUGUAGCUGGAUGAUACUUAAUACUUUAUUAGUGAUAUUUUAGUUUUCGUCAAAUUGAGUUCUAUUGAUUUUGAGUAAUGUCAGAGGGUGAGGUAGCAAGUGCAACAGCAUCAGGUUGCGACUGUGGAAGAAAGUGUGAAAAUGUGGCCGAGCAGAUGUCUUUGGAUAAAAGAAAAGGUAGAGGUGAAGUUAAUUCAGGGUUGACCCACGAAUGUGGAGUUUUUGGCUGCAUUGGAACAGGAGAAUGGCCUACAUCUUUAGAAAUAUCGCAAAUUAUAUGUUGGGGGCUUGUUGCACUACAACACAGAGGUCAAGAAUCCGCUGGAAUAGUUACAAGUGAAGGUCAAUGUGCAAAAUCCUUCAACAUCGUCAAAGGAAUGGGAAUGAUAAGUAACAUAUUCAAUGAUGAAGCAAUAAGAAAAUUGAAAGGUAGUAUUGGAAUUGGACAUACCAGGUAUUCUACCUCAGCGGCCAGCGAAGAAGUUAACUGUCAACCCUUCGUAGUGCACACACAACAUGGAGCUCUGGCAGUAGCACACAAUGGUGAAUUAGUGAAUUGUGAUAGUUUAAGGAGAAUGGUAUUAGAAAGAGGGGUAGGCUUAUCAACACAUUCAGAUAGUGAAUUAAUUACACAAGCACUAUGCUUGAAUCCACCUGAAGGGGAAUCAGAUGGACCAGAUUGGCCAGCGAGAAUUAAACACUUGAUGGCUUUAGCGCCUUUGAGUUAUUCACUAGUAGUAAUGCUGAAAGAUAAAAUAUACGCCGUGAGAGAUACAUUCGGCAACAGACCUUUGUGUUUAGGAAAAAUCUUGCCCUCCAAUGAACCGCUCGAUGGCGAUUGCGAUGAGAGCCGAGAAGCUCUUGGUUGGGUGGUUUCGUCUGAAUCCUGUGGUUUCUUAUCUAUUGGGGCACAAUAUGUCCGAGAGGUUUACCCUGGUGAAAUAAUAGAAAUGACAAGGGAAGGCAUAAAAACUAUCGACAUAAUUAAGAUAGAAGGAUUAAGAUCUUUAGCAUUCUGCAUUUUUGAAUAUGUGUAUUUCGCAAGAGGAGACAGUAUUUUCGAAGGCCAAAUGGUAUUCGCAGUAAGGAUGCAGUGUGGCAGACAAUUAGCCAUUGAGCAUCCAGUGGAAGCUGAUAUUGUCAGUUCUGUACCAGAGUCAGGAAAUGCAGCAGCACAUGGAUUCUCUAGACAGUGUGGCAUAAGAUUUGCCGAAGUACUCUGCAAAAAUCGAUACGUAGGCAGAUCGUUCAUUCAACCAAGUAAUCGUCUUAGGCAAUUGAGUGUCGCAAAGAAAUUUGGAGCUUUGGGCGACAAUGUGAAAGGAAAACGACUCAUCCUUAUUGAUGAUUCCAUUGUUCGUGGAAAUACAAUUGGUCCUAUAAUAAAGUUGCUGAAGAAUGCCGGAGCCAAAGAAGUACACGUAAGGAUUGCUAGUCCUCCAUUACUUUAUCCCUGUUAUAUGGGAAUCAAUAUACCAACAAGAGAAGAACUUAUAGCUAAUAAAAUGAAUGCCGAAGAAUUAGCUAAACACGUUGGUGCUGACAGUUUGGCUUACUUGAGUGUUGAGGGACUUCUCAAAGCAGUUAGAUCAGACAUCAAAACAAAGAAUGGUGAGGUGAAAAUUGGGCACUGUACUGCCUGUCUCACAGGUGAAUAUCCCGGAGGUGUUCCUAAUUUAUUAGACUGGUAAUAGAUUUAUUGGAAUGAGUGACUUAAUUUAUAACAUUUAAACAUAAUUAAGAAACUAUGUUGUGUAUAUUUAUUUGUCUCAUGUGAGCACAUGUUCAUUUGGAAAUAAAAGACGUUGUAGGAUAAUAACAUGAAUAAAUGAUAAACAGUAA